UACUCAUAAAAAAUCGAAGUAAAAAUUGAAGGCAUAUGGGGCAAGCCCCCGCUCGAGCAAGAGUUCAUCCCCUUUUAAAUAUGAUGAUCGAUCGCAAUAAUUAAGAGAAAGUGUUGAACGUUGCUCUUCCCAUUUCUCUGAAACCUUUUUCCUUUUGCCUCCGCAAUUCAUUAUCUCCAUUGAUUCUUCAUUCUUGGUUGAUUGAUCUUUUGUACAAAGAAUUAAUCUAUUCGUACCUCACAAAUUAUAAUGCUUCCUCUAUCACUGCUCAAGACUGCACAGGGCCACCCUAUGUUGGUGGAAUUGAAGAACGGGGAGACUUAUAAUGGACAUUUGGUUAAUUGUGAUACCUGGAUGAAUAUUCAUCUUCGUGAAGUUAUCUGUACAUCUAAGGAUGGAGACAGGUUUUGGAGAAUGCCUGAAUGUUACAUCAGGGGCAAUACUAUCAAGUAUCUUCGAGUUCCAGAUGAGGUCAUUGAUAAAGUCCAGGAGGAGAAGAGUCGCACAGAUAGGAAGCCUCCUGGCGUAGGGCGUGGAAGAGGAAGAGGCAGAGAGGAUGGCCCUGGACGGCAGCCAAAAGGUAUUGGGCGCGGUAUGGAUGAUGGUGGUAAAGGUACUGGAGGCAGAGGUCGGGGUGGUCCUAGUGGGAAGCCUGGUGGGAAAGUUGGAGGCCGGGGUCGAUGAAAUUAAGCUAUGAUAAGCUGCGUCCUUGUUGAGUGUUGGCGUUUUGCUGCUUUUGAUGCAUUGCCACCGCCCAACGGUUAUGGAUUCAAGUUACAUUUUGUCAAAAUUGAACAAUCUCUGCGUGUGUAAAGACGUGAUCUUAUGAAUCUCAGUAUGUCAUUGGUUUAUGUAUGUUUAUCUAGUAAGAUUUUUUUAUGUAUCUGUUAGUAGGUUGUAUAACAAGUUUUUGAGUUGGCCCUUUUUAUUUUUGGC